AUGCGCAACAUAUCCUUGCGGCGGCUUGAAGCGUGUCUCACAUCUUGGACGGCCGGUAUCAAGGCUAGGUCCAUGAUGUCUGCGCAUACUUCCUUAUGUGUUGCCUUACUAUCCACUGGCGCCCGCAAUUUGGCUCGAACAACUCUCCUCACGGCAACGACCAUGUCUGCAUCCGGAGAAAUGGACUAUGACAGUGACCACCUCAGCGUGCUCAUCGACGACGGCGGCAGCUCUGGCAAGGUGACUGCCGAGUUGUUUCUUCCCAGCUGCGACAUGGUCAAUAAAACUAUCGACGUGGUGCGCUUACGGACCGGGCAAGACACUCUUGAGCAGCAAUGCGUUAUACUGGACGAUAUUGAUGAGGAUGGAGAUCCGUGUUUACUCUAUGGCGACCACGAAGUAUCUACUUGGCUACGAGCGAACCCGACGGAGGGCCACCGUGUCAUUGAGAACAGCCCGCUCGCCUUCUACCAACAGUACAGCGAUUCCGCAGAAACACGUCGUUUCUAUCGAGCAUUGGGCUCUGAAGUAGGCGACUUGGGCGCAUUGCAAAAGUUCACGACACUACGCUACAAGUGGAUCUUUCGUCGGAUCGUGCGUUACUACAGGGACCAGACGAUGAUGACCAUCAAACAUCGAGAUCUCGACUGGGUCAAGCUUCCCAAAGCAGUGAAGCUGACAGUUCCUGCUAUCAACAACAACGUAAUGCACGGGAUUUACAAGAACGCUGCUGUCGACAAUGGGUUGCGUAAUGUACAGCUGCGUCUCGAGCCGUGCUGUGCGGCCGCAAACGACGUCGAACUUCUGCUGAAGCACAAUGCAGUUGCCUACCGCGACACCGCUGUUUGGUACGAUAUUGGACACUUCACCAAUGAUCUUGCUGCGAUUCGCAUCGAUGAACCCCUGCGCGAGGGUGAACAAGCACGGCUCACAAUUGCGCAUCCACCGUCUGGGUAUCUGCAUGGUUCUCAUGUCGUGCGCAAGAUGGCUUUGGAAUACGUCUUGGGAUGCCCAGAAGUCGUCUACCAUGGCGGCAUCGACAGUGUUCCUACCAAACUCGGCGGCAUGUCUCAAGAAGAACUUGCUCGUCAGGUAUCGGCUUUGGUAGAACGACCGAAGACGGAAAUCCCGCGGGACUUCGCCAUCACCAUCUGUUCCAGAAAUGACAAGUUGUUAAGUGUCCCUGGAGCUGGAGGAAUGCGCGUGUUCCCCAUAAUCAUCACUGCGGACCGCAUGCAGAGCUGGCUCGACGCAUGGGCAAGGGACGUGGUACGAGACCUAGUGGCCUUCAUGGAGGCACCUUCACUUCGUAACACUCUGAUGGUAGUCCUGACUGGAGGAGGAAGUUCUAACGACACCGUCUCUAAAGCACUUGGAGCGUCUGGCCAGCGUCGAGGCAUCGAUGUGCGUCUAAGUCAAUCCGAUAUGGCUGUCGCAAGAGGUGGUCACGCACAGUACCCCAGGAACGAAGCUAGUGCUUUGGGUUAUGGCUUGUGGUAUCUCUCGCGCAGCGAGCCUCUGCAGAAGGCACGACACCGGGACGCUUACCUUGCUUCCAACAAACGAGAACGUAAUCCAAAGCUUGUGACCCAGAGCAUGGAUGGCGAUGGCUGGUACGCCAAGGAUAGGGUGGUAUUGGCAUUGAAACGACUCCCCAACGAGCCGAAACGCACCUGGCGUAUUCCCAUGGAAUUCCCCAUUGCACUUCCCAAUGGCUCGCUGGAGUUCAAGAUCUACUUCAGUGACAAGCAACGAAGGAACGGCGGUCCUUUGCUGGAUCGACAAGGUGACGCACGGGAUAUAUAUCAGCCCUAUCAGGUUCAGCUCGCCAACCUGGAUGUCGACUGGUCCAAAUACGAAGGGCAACUCGAGACAUAUCUCCACGAGGGUUUGCAGCGGACCAAUCUCAACGGCUUUGUUGAAAUGGAUUGCAACGAUGACGAAUGGACUCUGACGGUCACGAUCUUGAAGCCCGGCGAAACACUGCGUGAAGAGGACACAGGUGUCGUGAUAGCGACUAACAGACCCUCCCUCGCGAGCACGUAUCAUGUCUUGAUCAAACAAACGAGGCAUAUCUGGGACAAGCAUCGCACCGUCGACAUCACCGAUGGCUUACCAACGGUCCUCCCGACCGAGGAGUCUAGCUCACGGAAACGCCGCUCGGAAUCACCAUCAACGCCAAGGACACCCAUGGUGACUAGAAGGAUGAAGGCAGAGCAAGUCCUACUCAGCUCGUUCGAUGAAGACUCCACUGCCAGCACCUCCACUGCGCAGCCCAGCACCGGAGCUCUUCUGUAUGACAGCAGUAGCGCGACGACACCAGUACCCGCUCCCAAAGUUUCUUCGCCAUCGACUUUUGCCCCUCCGGUGGAGAGGCCUGGCCCGGUGGGACGCGGUUACGGAAGUGCACACAUGCCGAAUUGGAGUGUGGCCAGCGAUGAGGAAAGAGUUCAGUGGCUACGACAGCAAGGCAUUAUCGGCCGUCCGACUCCUGUUCGACAGCCCGCGCAAUCCUCCAGAGGUACUGCAAGCAGCGCACACAUACGCCGACCUUCGAUAGAACAGCCGAGUAGAUGA